GGAGCCAAGCUGAGUGGGUCUCUUGCGCAGGGCUGGCAACUGGGGUCUCCUCUUCAACUGUUGCAUCUCCUGGAGGAUCCUGGUGUGUCUGCAACCGCCUCUGUCACCCUAUGACCUGCAGGUACUAGAAGAUCGGUAGGGAGGACGCCGGGACAUCCCUGAAACUGGGAAAUGGAAAUGUUGACAUUCAAGGAUGUGUCUAUAGAAUUCUCUGUGGAUGAGUGGGCCUGCCUGGACUCUGCUCAGCAGACUUUGUAUCAGGAUGUCAUGUUUGAGAACUACAGAAACCUGGUCUUCCUAGGGCUUACUGUCUCUAAGCCAUACCUCAUCAACUCUCUAGAGCAAAGCAAAGAACCCUGGAAGGUGAAGACACAGGAGACAGCAGGCAAGCACCCAGGUUUAGCUAAUCAUUCUACCCGAGACCAUUUGCAAGAUGUGAGCACGAAUAAUUUAUUCCCAGAGAUGAUCCUGAAAAGAUAUCAAAGCUGUGGCCCUGAGAAUUUAAACUUAACAAAAGACUGGGCAAGCGUGUCUGAGUGUAAGAAGCAGAAAGUAUAUGAUAGUGGACUUGACCAAUGUUUAACAGCUACCCAUGGCAAAAUCUUCCAAUGUAGUAAAUAUUUGAAAGCCUUCAGAGAAACAUCAAAUCUAAAUAACAUAAAGAUUAUGUAUACCGUACAGAAAACUUUUAAAUGUAAAAAGUAUGGGAAAACCUCUAACCUAUACUCACAUGUUACAGAACCUAAGAUAAUUCAUGUUAGAGAAAAACAGUACAAAUGUAAUAAAGGUAGCAAAGCCUUCAAAUCUUUCUUAACCCUGUCUAAGCCUAAGACACUUCAUACUGUAGAGAAACUCUACAAGUGUGAAAAUUAUAACAAAUGUCUUAGCCACAUGGCAAAAUAUUAUAACCAUAAGAGUAUUGCUACUGGAGGAAAACCUUACAACUAUAAACAGUGGACCAAACUUGCCAACCAGUACUCACAUCUUUCUGGACAUAAAAUAAUUCAUUCUGGAGAAAACCCCUACAAAUGUCAAGAAUGUGGCAAAGCCUUUAAUUAUUACUCAGUCCUUUCUAGGCAUCAAAGAAUUCACUCUGGAGAUAAACCCUACAAAUGUCAACAAUGUGGCAAAGCCUUUCAGCAGUACUCACACCUUUCUGUACAUCAAAGAAUUCAUUCUGGAGAGAAACCCUACGAAUGUCAACAAUGUGGCAAAGCUUUUAACCAGUACCUUUCUAGACAUCAAAGAAUUCAUUCUAAAGAGAAACGCUAUAAAUGUCAAGAAUGUGGUAAAGCUUUUAAACAGUACUCACACCUUGUUGUACAUAAAAGAAUUCACUCUGGAGAGAAACCCUACAAAUGUGAAGAAUGUGGCAAAGCCUUUAACCAGUACUCAACCCUUUCUAAACAUAAAAGAAUUCAUUCUGGAGAUAAACUCUACAAAUGUCCAGAAUGUAGAAAGGGCUUUAACAAUUCUUUAACUCUUUCUAAACUUCAAAGAAUUCAUUCUGAAGUGAAACCCUACAAAUGUCAACAAUGUGGCAGAGCCUUCAAAUGGUACUCAACCUUUUGUGUACAUCAAAGAAUUCACUCAAGAGAGAAACCCUACGAAUGUCAAGUAUGUGGCACAGCCUUUAACCAUAGUUCAACCCUUACUAAACAUCAAAGAAUUCAUUCUGGAGAAAAACCCUACAAAUGUCAAGAAUGUGGGAAAGCCUUCAACCGGUACUCACACCUUUCUGUACACCAAAGAAUUCAUUCUGGAGAGAAACCCUACAAAUGUGAAGAAUGUGGCAAAGCCUUUAAACAGUCCUCACACCUUUUUGUACAUAGAAGAAUUCACUCUGGAGAGAAACCAUAUAAAUGUCAAGAAUGUGGCAAAGCCUUUAACCAGUACUCAACCCUUUCUAAACAUCAAAGAAUUCAUUCUGGAGAGAAACCAUACAAAUGUCAAGAAUGUGGCAAAGCCUUUAAACAGUCCUCACACCUUUUUGUACAUAGAAGAAUUCACUCUGGAGAGAAACCAUACAAAUGUCAGGAAUGUGGCAAAGCCUUUAGCCAGUGCUCAACCUUUACGAAACAUCAAAAAAUUCAUUUGAAGAGAAACCCUACACAUGCAAAGAAUGUGGAAAAGGCUUUUACAGUUCUUUAGCCCUUUCUAGACAUCAAAGAAGUCAAUCUGAAGAGAAACUACAAAUGUCAAUAAUGUGGGGAACAAUGCCUUUCACUAGUACUCAACCCUUUCUGUAUCAAAGAAUUCACUCUGGAGAACAACCCUACAAAUGUGCAAAAUGUGGCAAAGCCUUUAACCAGUACUCCACUCUUUCUGUACAUCAGAAAAUUCAUUCUGGAGAAAAACUUUAUAAAUGUGAAGAAUAUGGCAAAGCCUUUAACUAGUACUCAACCCUUUCUGUACAUCAAAGAAUUCAUUCCAGAGAGAAACCUUACAAAUAUUAACAAUGUGGCAAAGCCUUUUAUCACUGUGUGCACCUUUCUAGACAUUUAUUUAACUGCAGUUUAACCAUUUCUGUACAUCAAAGAAAUCGUUCUGGAGAGAAACCCUACAAAUGUCAAGAAUGUGGGAAAGCCUUUAACAGGUACUCAUGCCUUUAUGUACAUAAAAUAAUUCAUUCUGGACUUGGUGCCUGUGGCUCAAGUGGCUAAGGCACCAACCACAUACACCUGAGCUGGCAGGUUCAAAUCCAGCCUGGGCCCACCAAAUAACAAUGACAGCUGCAACCAAAAAAUAGCAGGGCAUUGUGGUUGGCGCCUGUAGUCCCAGCUACUUUGAGGUGGAGGCAGGAGCAUCGCUUGAGCCCAGGAUUAGGAGGUUGCUGUGAGAUGUCACUCUACCCAGGGCUACAGCUUGAGGCUCUGUCUCAAAAAAAAAAAAAAAAGAAUUCAUUCUGGAGAGAAACCCUACAAAUGUGAAGAAUGUGGCAAAGAAUCUAACCAGUGCCUAACUCCUUCUAGACAUAAAAGGAUUCAUUGUAGAGAGAAACCCUACAGAAGUGAGGAAUGUGGCAAAGGCUUUAACUGGUCCUGAACCCUUAGAAAACAUAAGAGAAAUCAGCAGAGAAAAAUGGUAACAAUAUGAAGAUGUGGCAAAGCCUUAUGCCUGUAGUCAAGAGUUUUCUGUACACAAUAAAAUUCAUGUUGAAGAGAAACUGUACAGAUGUGGAGAAUUUGACAGUGUUUAACUUGUGCUCAAACCAUUCUAUAAAUGAAAAAUUUAUCACAGAGAAAUCCCCUACAAAUGUGAAGUAUCAAAUCCUAUAACCAGAACUCACACAUUUCAGUACUUAACAGAAUUCAUAGAGAAUUUCUAUAUAUAUGAAGAGUGUGACACUGGGCCGGCUAAAACAACAAUGCCAACUGCAACAAAAAAAUAGCCAGGCAUUGUGGUGGGCGCCUGUAGUCCCAGCUACUCAGGAGGCUGAGACAGGAGGAUUGUUUGAAUUUGGGAGUUCUGGGCUGUAGUGUGCUAUGCCAAUCGAGUGUCUGCACUAAUUUCAGCAUCAGUAUGCUGACCUCCUGGGAGUGGGGAGCCACCAGGUUGCCUAAAGAGGGGUGAACCAGCCCAGGUCGGAAAUGGAGCAGGUCAAAGCUCCCGUGCUGAUCAGUAGUGGGAUCGCACCUGUGACUAUCCACAGCAGAGUGUCAACAGCCAAGAGUCCAAAAUGGCCAGGCUUCCUGUCUCACUCAGUCUUGUCCUUUUUAUCUCCAGUCAAAAAGUUACAGCCCACAGGUAUCUUUCUCACUGGUCAGUUUGAAUCAAGCUGGAGAAGCAGGCUUGGCUUUUACAGAACCACAGGCCUUCACAGAAUUGGGAGCAAAGAUUAGUUUCCAGGUCCCAGGAAGUUAAGUUUCCAUAAUUUUUUUUUUUUUUUUUUUGGCAAUUUCUGGCCAGGGCUGGAUUUGAACCUGCCACCUCUGGCGUAUGGGGCCGGCACCCUACUCCUUUGAGCCACAGGCACUACCCCCAGUUUCCACAAAUUCUUAAGAGUUGAGUCACCACAGCUAUGUUCUUGCACCCUCCUUGAGAAGACCUUUGUUCUAUUAGACCUUACUUGUUCUCAAUAUCCUCUCUCAUUCCCCUCUUUGAGACUUCAUAUACAUUUCAACUUGGGGUCUCACUAUCAGCUUGCUCCUGUAGGAGCCAGUAGUGUUUCAUAUAAAGCAUGCAUGGUGCUGUUUUGUUUUUAAUUGAUAUUUGUCCCAAUUAUUCAGCGUAUACCCCUGACUACUAAUGGGAGGAGAUAGGGAAUAAUUAAUCAAACUCUAGUGAUGGCUAGUACUACUCCCAGUAAGGUUUUAAACAACAACCAGUCUUUCCACAGGUUUUGAGGGCUUUACCCAUUCUAAGUCUUCAAUAUGUAUCCUAUGGAUUUUACUUGGUUAUUAAUUUGCAAAACUAACUCCAGGGGUUACACUGACCCACGAAGCAAUCUGUCUCCACUACUUUUUUUAGAGCACAGUGUUUUUUUUUUGUUGUUGUUGUUGCCAUCUUCUAUCUCAGAUGCCUUCUAUCAUACAUUUUCACCUUUAACAUUCAAACUCACACAUCUACUGCAGCACCUCUGCAUGGAGCUGCAGGCAUUAAACUUCAGAGUCACCUGGCUGGGUUUUCCUAUUUCCCCGGUCUAGACCAGCAUUCAGAUUUCAGGGACUGUGACUCCUCUCAGGUCCUCUACCCUGGCCUUAAUUGUACUGUGGUGGGGGCUCUGUGGGGCUGUAAUAUACAUAUGGGUUUUCACCUUUCUUUGUGUCACAUAUUGAGCAUUGUGUCUGAUUAUGAGUGCAAGCUCCCUUCUGGGUGCCUUUGCAUUCAUAAAAGCUAUAAAAGAGUCAUCUUUUGUCCUAUCUUAAUGGUGUGUGUGCACAGAUCCCAUUUUUUCUCCCCCUUCAAAGUCCAACUAAGACAAGUCCUAUGAGGAAUUUUCUUAGACUUCAGCUGCUACAGAAGGAUAUGUUGACUGUAUCAAGAGUUACCUUGCAGGGAUUGGCCAGAUCUGUUUUUGCUUCCCCCAGGCUAGAGCUCUCUUCAGCCCGCUGUGAUGGAUCCAGGUGAGGAUCCCUUCAAUCUUCACUACUGUGGGUGUGGUUAGGAUGAUGGUGUAGGGUCCAUUCCACCUUGGUUUGAGGGAAAUUGCUUCUGAUCCUUGACCCAAACUUGGUCCCCUGGAGAGAAAGGGUAUAUAGACAUAAAAGACUAAAUGGAACACAGUUAAUUACCCAAGUGGAGAUCUUCUUUGCUACUCUUCCUAGGGCUUAUAACUGUCUGUUCAAUUCAGUCUCUCCCAGUUUUUAUAGAAGUCCCUGUUAAAUUGCAGAGGAUUGGUGGAGGCCUGUUAUACAUUAUUUCAUAAAGGGAGCAUCCUUUUUAAAAGAGGUACACUUAAUAUUGAACAAGACCAGUGGCAAGGUCUGUACCCAAUUAAACUUUGCUUCCUGACAGAGUUUACCAAUUUCUGUCUUUAUGGCUUUCUUCAUGUACUUUACCUUGCCUGAGCUUUGAAGCCUGUAUGCCACAUAUAGUUUCCAGGCAAUAUGCAAGGCUUUAGCUGUUAUUUGCACUAUCUCUGUUAUGGAGGCUGGUCCAUUAUCAGAUUCAAUCUGGAGUGGAAACCUAAACCAUGGGAUGAUUUCUCUGGGCAGCACUUUCACUACUUCCAAACUGUUGGGGAAGGCUUCCACCUAUCCAGAGUAUGUGCAGAGUAAAACUGGUGAGUACCGGUUUCCUCCACAACUGGACAACUCAAUAUAGUCCAUUUGUACAUCUUCAAAAGAGGUUUCCCUGUAGGGCUGAAUUUCAGAUGGCAGGGAUGGUUCCUGUUUAGCAUUGUGUUGGUUGAUGUCACACAAUGCUGGCUGACUGUCUUGGCAAGGGUGGCCAAGAGGGGAAUGUAUAAGUAUCUCCCCAGAACCUUCUUAAUUUAAGAAGCUUCCUAAAGGUUCUAGUGAAGCCAACAGGCAACAUUUGUUGAACCUUUUGUGGCUUCAUACAAUGGUUUGUCCAGUCUGUAGGUUUCUGUUGUCCAAAGUACAUGGCCUCAUACAUAUGACUUCACUCUCUGAUUAUUUGCAAAAAAGUACAGUAAGAAUAAAUAUUAGAAUUAAUAUAACCAACCAUGAAUUUUUACACAGUAAGUAUUGACAAUUGGUGAGGUAUGAGUUGGUGAACCAAUGGUGCCCUUUGGUGUUCAUAAGAGUGACCACUGCAUAUGAUACCCAGACUCUUAAGUUUUGUUCCAAAGUCAACUUCUCAGCCUCUUGCAACAGUAUGGCAGUGUCAGCAAGUGUUCUUAGGCACAGGGACCUUCCUUUUGAAACCCCAUCAAAUUGCAUAGAGAGAUAAGCAACUGGUCUUGCCUAGGAUCCUACAUUCCGGGUGAGCACUCCCCCACCUAUUCCAGUUCUGGUACAUACAGUUCAAAAGGCUUGGUUUGCUAGGACUGCCUGCAGUUCUUCCUUUAGCUUUUUGAAGGCUUUCGUUUGGUUGGAUUUCUACUCUAUUGGUCCUUUCUCACCCCUUUGUGGCUUCAUACAAUGGUUUGGCCAGUCUGUAUGGUUUUUUUUGUGUGUGUGUGUCAGAUUUUGUUAUCAUUUAUUUGUGAAGAGUCUGUAUGUUUCCACAGUCUUUCACAGAAACAAGCUUUCAUCUGGCAUCUACAUGACUUCAGCCACCUUUUAUAUGUUUGUGGCUUUCUGGCUUUUCACACUGACAGAGAUGAAGUCAAGAUUGGGUCCAAGAUAAGAGAAUAAAACCACUUAGCAGUUACCUACAAAUAUCUACAAGUUUUGAUUUUGAGGCCAAGGUUCACGUGAUGAGAACAUUAGUAUUCUUAUUUAUAGUCUUAGCACAACUCUUAAGAUAAUACUUAGUUUUAAGGGUCCCUACAGAACUCAUCCAAAGUUCUGGGUAAUUCAAGUGAAUAUUCUUGAACAUCAGUUGGAUGUGGGGCCACUUGUGAGCUCAUGUUGCAGCUAUACCACUUACUGGAAAAUGCUUAUUCAGGUUCUAAUUUCUCCUGAGGUAUCCAUAUAGACAUAGCAGACAGUGUUUAAUACGGCACAAAUUUUUCUAGUGUAGCCAAUAGGCAACAUUUGUUGAACCUUAAGCCUUCAGAGAAAAUAUAACUACUGCAUACAAUUUUAGAUUCUUUGGCCAGUCUUUUAGACCUGUUUAACAGAUAAGUUUAGUUAAACAGCUACAUCUCAUUUUAUGAGCUGGCAUUGCUGAAAUCUAAUAUAGGUGGGUCAGUUUCUUCUUUUUGAACCAUUUCUCUCUCUCUAAUUUCUCACUUUAAGAAAAAUAAAUAGCAGAACUAAUUUAAUUGCCGAAAUAAACUUCAUUCUCAGUAUACUGGGUCUGAUUAUUUGCAUAAAGUGCAGUAAGAAUAAAUAUUAGCCAUCUAGGCUUUUCUUCCUUUUAAAAUUGGCUUUGCUGGAAUCUUUUGUAAGGAAUCUCAGGUAAGACUUGAAAGCCUCUCAGGAACCCAGGUUUCAUCUAUGUCAUUAGAUACCUGUAUGCAUUGGGUAAAUUCCUCUCCUCUUGAGUUCCCAAAGCAAAUUGUGAUUCUCAGACUUGUAAUAGUCACAUUCUUUACCAACUGUAGAUCAGGAAAUGUUAUUGAUGAUGUUAAAGACUGAAAAGCCAGUCUUUCCAAUGGGAUUAUUUAUUGGCCAUAUAAAGUCGAUCUUAAUUUCUUAGUGCAGUCAGAACACCUCUGAAAAUGCUAUUCCAGUCAAAGCCUUGGUAAAAUUACCAGUGUCUUUUACUGUGUCUUAUAGAACAAAACAGAUUCUUAUUGAACUUUUGCAAAUAACUGUAUUGUCAGAAAUUAAGAAUAUUUACAAAUCAUUUUCAAAUUCCGGAGAAAUCAGGGGCGGCGCCUGUGGUUCAAAGGAGUAGGGCACCAUCCCCAUAUGCUAGAGGUGGCAAGUUCAAACCCAGCUCCGCCCCUCCCACACAAAAAUUACAGAGAAAUCAAGGAGAGAGAAAAAUAAAUGUUUUAAAUUUUGCUCAUAAGUACAUACAGUGCUGAAAACUCCAAAUAGCUCAAAAGACAGAAAAUGGUUUCCUUGACUUUUGGAAAACAGAACACAGAAAUAAUCAGCAAUGUUUCAAACAAAAAGCCAUAACAAAUAAGCUCAGUUCCAUGUAAUGGAUUUCUGUUCUGUCUGAAGUUAGGUUAGCAUUACUCAUGCACAUUUGUACUUUAAUUUAAUUAAAGUCCUGAAAGUUUGCUUUUAGCCCAAUGGUAUUUAAUUUCUAAAGUCAUCAGAAAUUUGAAUUUGAGAGAACCUGCCAGCCUUUUCUACUAUUUUCCCUGAAGGACACACUUUGGACUUAGCCAGUUACAAAAGCACUUUCUGAGAUGAAUUAAAAUUAUCACUGACAACAUACAAUAAGACCAAUAUUAUGUAAUAUUAGUGUUGCAGAAAGACAAGGCCCAGUGAGAGAAAGUGCACCCAAACACCAUGUUUAUAAGAGGAAGGGCAUUAUUCUCCAGCUGGGAGUUUAUGGCAUAGAAGAAUGGAUGCACUCCCCAACUGGCUAGGUCUUUCCCUUUUUUAAUUAAUUAAUUUAUUUAUUUUUUUUUAUAUAUAUUUUUUUGUAGAGACAGAGUUUCACUUUAUUGCCCUCGGUAGAGUGCCGUGGUGUCACACAGCUCACAGCAACCUCCAACUCCUGGGCUUAGGCGAUUCUCCUGCCUCAGCCUCCCGAGUAGCUGGGACUACAGGUGCCCGCCACAAUGCCCGGCUAUUUUUUUGUUGCAGUUUGGCCGGGGCCGGGUAUGAACCCGCCACCCUCGGUAUAUGGGGCCGGCGCCCUGCUCACUGAGCCACAGGUGCCGCCCAGGUCUUUCCCUUUUUAUCAGCAGUCAAAAAGUUUCAACCUUCAGGUACCUUACUCAUUGGCCAGUUUGAAUCAAGUGGGAAAUGCUAUUCCAGCCCCUACAGAACUACAGGAUUUCACAGAAGUGGCAAUUUCCAAGUUCCAGGAAGUUAAGUUUGCAAAUUCCCAAGAGAUGAGUCACCAUGAAGAGAACCCUACAAAUGUAUCUUGUGGUCUCUUUGAGAAGACCUGUUCUCCAAACCACCAUUUCGUAUUUGACAAUAUUUCUUAUGCAGUUUUAAUAAACCAAAUAAGCCUAAUAUGUCUUUCUCAGACUUUCAGUGGUCUUAAUAUUUCAAAAAGACCAAAUUUAGAAUUUUGAUUUUGGAAGGUUUUUCAAACAUCAAAGACUUGAAACAUUUCUUCAAACAGGAUUACAAGCCAAAAUAUUCUAAAGGCAAUACAUAGUCAACUGGAUCACAUGCAAAUGCAAAAUAUCUCUUUUAUGAGCCUUAUUCAACAUAUAUAGCUCCUCGUGUUCCCUCUUUUUGUUAGAGAUGUUCCUAGUGACUCAUUAACAGGCUAAGGCUAUGCUAGACCUACAUAACAAAUCAAUUUUAUGUGUCAGGCAUUUAGUCUUUAAUCAAGUGACAAUGUAUCUGAAGCUAUUUUGUUUUUUCAUUAACUCCUAGUCUUUUAGAUCAAGACUAGCUGUUUCAAUCAAUCGUCAGGUAAAAAAUCUUUUUUUUUUGAGACAGAGUCUCACUAUAUUGCCCUUGGUAGAGUUCUGUGGUGUCACAGCUCACAGCAACUUCAAACUCUCAGGCUUAAGUGAUUCUCUUGCCUCAGGCUCCCAAGAACCUGGGACUAUGUGAGCCCACCACAACUCCUGGCUAUUUUUUUUUUUUUUUGUGGUUGCAGUUAUCAUUGUUGUAUGGCAGGGCCCCGGCUGGGUUCAAACCCUCCAGCUCCAGUGUAUGUGGCUGGUGCCCUAGCCUCUGAGCUACA